GUUGUUUCUUAUGGUGACUGGCUCUAUGCUCCUUUUCUGGUUCAAUUUGGACUAUCAUGUUUUAUGGGGUUUAUUCUUAUGUAUGCAGUAGUGCUAUGUACUCAGGCCAAUUCAGCGCUUACUACAACCAUAGUUGGAUGUYUAAAGAAUAUACUGGUUACAUACUUAGGUAUGAUUAUUGGUGGCGACUAUGUGUUUAGCUGGACUAACUUCAUUGGUCUCAAUGUCAGCGUGAUGGGCAGCAUUAUCUACUCAUACAUAACCUUUAUGGAAAAAGAAAAAAAACCAGAUUGCAAUGACAAAGCAUCGAAGGAAAAUGGUGGACAAGUUGAACAAACUCGUCCCCAGGUCCUUUUACUGAACUGGGAGCAAGGACGCCAUUUGAAGACGUGAGGAGACUUGUAACUAAAUAAUAGUCAUAGAUAGUUAUUGGAACUACACUGUAAACUACGUUUGAUAUAUUAUAUAUUUAUAUGUUCUAUUUAUGACAACAGACACCUGUCGUUCCUAGUUUUCUCGCUGUCCAAUUUGACAGAUAGCGAAUUGUAAGAGCUAUUUAGGGUAUUUUGUAUUUGAAAUAGUAAGUCAAGGUUAGAUUAUAGUUGCUUUUAUUACAUUAUUUAAUAAUGCUUACAAUGUCGGAUCAUUCUUCUGCWGUUUGAUUCCAAAUAAAGUCUUCUUUGUA